UCUCGCCACAACCUUCUUCCCUCACCUCCGCAAAACAGGCAGUUACCGGGUGCUGGAGCUUUCCCUCGAUUUCCGGAAUAGGCCGGUCGCCUGUGGAGUCAGUUUCCGCGCAAGACUGCUAGCUACUCCGGCCUGGAGGGCGGAGCGGCGGGACGCUAAGGAGCCUUGCGCUGGGUGACGACCUCGGUCACGUUUUACGGCCGUUCCUCUCGUCGGCGGGGUACAGCGGCCGCGCACGCGCGGCAGGGGGCGUGGGACUGGGCCCUGCUUGACGCGAUCGCAGCCUGCGGCGGCGAACUGCGGGUAGGCGGCUGUGUGUGUUCGCCGCCGAGCUGACGGGGCUGGGACGCGGGGUGUGGAUGGGGGAUCGCCUUGACCUCGGCCUCAGCCAGUAGGACAGCCUCGGCCUCGCGGACGGAAAUGGUGCCCUCGGUGCGGACGAUGGGAGAGAAACUGAAGCGGCGGCUGCGGCUGGACGUGGGGCGCGAGAUCUGCCGCCAGUACCCGCUGUUCUGCUUCCUGCUGCUCUGCCUCAGCGCCGCCUCCCUGCUGCUUAACAGGUAUCUUCAUGUUUUAAUGAUCUUCUGGUCAUUUGUUGCUGGAGUUGUCACAUUCUACUGCUCACUAGGACCUGAUUCUCUCUUGCCAAAUAUAUUCUUCACAAUAAAAUACAAACCCAAGCAGUUAGGACUUCAGGAAUUAUUUCCUCAAGGUCAUAGCUGUGCUGUUUGUGGUAAAGUGAAAUGUAAACGACAUAGGCCUUCUUUGCUACUUGAAAACUACCAGCCAUGGCUAGACCUGAAAAUUUCUUCCAAAGUUGAUGCAUCUCUCUCAGAGGUUCUUGAAUUAGUGUUGGAAAACUUUGUUUAUCCAUGGUACAGGGAUGUGACAGAUGACGAAUCCUUUGUUGAUGAACUGAGAAUAACAUUGCGGUUUUUUGCAUCUGUCUUAAUAAGAAGGAUUCACAAGGUGGAUAUUCCAUCCAUUAUAACCAAGAAACUAUUAAAAGCAGCAAUGAAGCAUAUAGAAGUGAUAGUUAAAGCCAGACAGAAAGUAAAAAAUACAGAGUUUUUACAGCAAGCUGCUUUAGAAGAAUAUGGUCCAGAGCUUCAUGUGGCUUUGAGAAGUCGAAGAGAUGAAUUACACUAUUUAAGGAAACUUACGGAACUGCUUUUUCCUUAUAUUUUGCCUCCUAAAGCAACAGAUUGCAGAUCUCUGACCUUACUUAUAAGAGAGAUCCUGUCUGGCUCUGUGUUCCUUCCUUCUUUGGAUUUCCUAGCUGAUCCAGAUACUGUGAAUCAUUUGCUUAUCAUCUUCAUAGAUGACAGUCCACCUGAAAAAGCAACUGAACCAGCUUCUCCUUUGGUUCCAUUCUUGCAGAAAUUUGCAGAACCUAGAAAUAAAAAGCCAUCUGUGCUGAAGUUAGAAUUGAAGCAAAUCAGAGAGCAACAAGAUCUUUUAUUUCGUUUUAUGAACUUUCUGAAACAAGAAGGAGCGGUGCACGUGUUGCAGUUUUGUUUGACUGUGGAGGAAUUUAAUGAUAGAAUUUUACGACCAGAAUUAUCAAAUGAUGAAAUGCUGUCUCUUCAUGAAGAAUUGCAGAAGAUUUAUAAAACAUACUGUUUGGAUGAAAGUAUUGACAAAAUUAGAUUUGAUCCCUUCAUUGUAGAAGAGAUUCAAAGAAUUGCUGAAGGGCCAUACAUAGAUGUUGUGAAACUUCAAACUAUGAGAUGUCUUUUUGAAGCAUAUGAACAUGUUCUUUCCCUCUUGGAGAAUGUAUUUACCCCUAUGUUCUGCCAUAGUGAUGAGUAUUUUAGACAACUUUUAAGAGGUGCAGAAUCACCAACACGCAAUUCAAAAUUCAACAGAGGUAGCCUAAGUUUGGAUGAUUUUCGGAACACACAGAAAAGGGGAGAAUCAUUUGGAAUCAGCAGAAUAGGUAGCAAAAUUAAAGGAGUAUUCAAAAGCACCACAAUGGAGGGAGCUAUGUUGCCUAAUUAUGGUUUAGCUGAAGGUGAAGAUGAUUUUAUUGAAGAAGGUAUUGUUGUAAUGGAAGAUGAUUCUCCAGUGGAGGCUGUGAGCACACCUAAUACUCCCCGAAACCUUGCUGCAUGGAAAAUUAGCAUUCCAUAUGUAGACUUUUUUGAGGAUCCCUCCUCUGAAAGGAAGGAGAAGAAAGAGAGAAUUCCUGUGUUUUGUAUUGAUGUUGAAAGAAAUGAUAGAAGAGCAGUUGGACAUGAGCCUGAACACUGGUCUGUCUAUAGAAGAUAUCUUGAAUUCUAUGUACUUGAAUCAAAAUUAACAGAAUUUCAUGGUACAUUUCCUGAUGCCCAGCUUCCUUCUAAGAGGAUUAUUGGCCCCAAAAAUUAUGAAUUCUUAAAGUCAAAGAGGGAAGAGUUCCAGGAAUAUCUACAGAAACUUCUGCAGCAUCCAGAACUGAGUAAUAGUCAACUUCUGGCAGACUUUCUUUCCCCUAAUGGUGGGGAAACACAGUUUCAUGAUAAAAUACUACCAGAUGUAAAUCUUGGGAAAAUUAUAAAGUCUGUUCCUGGAAAACUAAUGAAAGAGAAAGGUCAGCAUUUGGAACCUUUUAUCAUGAAUUUCAUUAAUUCUUGUGAAUCUCCAAAGCCUAAACCAAGUAGACCAGAACUGACCAUUCUCAGCCCUACUUCAGAAAACAACAAGAAGCUUUUCAAUGAUCUGUUUAAAAAUAAUGCAAACCGUGCUGAAAACACAGAAAGAAAGCAAAAUCAGAAUUAUUUUAUGGAGGUGAUGGCUGUAGAAGGAGUCUAUGACUACCUGAUGUACGUAGGACGUGUAGUUUUCCAGGUUCCUGACUGGCUUCAUCAUCUCUUAAUGGGAACUCGAAUCCUCUUUAAAAACACCCUGGAUAUGUAUACUGAUUACUAUCUUCAGUGUAAACUAGAACAGCUGUUUCAGGAACACCGUUUGGUCUCACUCAUAACACUUCUUCGAGAUGCUAUAUUCUGUGAAAACACUGAACCUCGCUCUCUCCAAGAUAAGCAGAAAGGAGCAAAACAGACUUUUGAAGAAAUGAUGAAUUACAUUCCAGAUCUGUUAGUCAAGUGUAUUGGUGAAGAAACCAAGUAUGAAAGCAUCAGACUUCUGUUUGAUGGCUUACAGCAGCCAGUACUCAACAAGCAGCUUACUUAUGUUUUAUUGGACAUUGUGAUACAGGAGCUGUUUCCAGAGCUCAAUAAGGUACAAAAGGAAGCUACCUCUGUGACACCUUGGAUGUAAACACUUGGAUUUGGUAUAGGAUAACCCAUUGAAAUUUCUGCUGUGGUAGGGUGGUAGAAAUGUACUUUUUUGGUUAUAUUCUUUUAUAUAUAUCAUGUACAUCACUGUCUUAAAUUUUAAUUAUUUUUUUGUUUUUAAUAAAGACUAACACAAACUUAAUAAUAAUUAAAAGUGA